UGUUUCUAUAACAUAAUUAUUUUAUAUUUGUUGUAUUUCAUUUAAUAUAUAUAUAUUCUUUGUUUGAAGAAAAAAAUUGGAUAUGAACUUGUCCACCGCAGCCCAGAGUGUUGUUUUCAUGUUUUGCAUUUGAUUCUUUGAUUCUUUUCGCCUCACUUAAGGCAUCUGAAAAGCAAAAGAAUUGGGUUUGCCUUAGUCUUUUGAAAUGAGAAGCUGAAGCGGCUGGUAUCUGUGACCCAAGACAGCAAUUCCUCAAGAGGAAGAAGAUCUGGACAACCUAGGGCUGCUAAUUUCCCAGUCAUGUCCACAAAACAACCUGAAGUCGAUUCUUUGGGAGAGAGUGCAAGCACUGGACAAAAAAAUGGGGUUUCCAAGCUACAAAGAAAGCAAUCUGCAAAGCAGAAGUAUGGAUUAAUCCGUGAUAAUUUCUCAACCCUUGAGCAGGUUACAAGAGCAUUAAGGGAGUCUGGUCUAGAAUCGUCUAAUCUCAUACUUGGAAUUGAUUUCACAAAAAGCAAUGAAUGGACAGGCAAAGUAUCAUUCAAUAACCGGAGUCUACAUGCAAUUGGUGAUGCACCAAAUCCAUAUGAGAAAGCUAUCUCCAUAAUUGGAAAGACUCUGGCUCCGUUCGACGAAGACAACUUGAUACCUUGUUUUGGCUUUGGUGAUGCUACCACGCAUGAUUCGGAAGUGUUUAGCUUUCACAGUGAUCAUUCAUCUUGCCAUGGCUUUGAAGAAGUCUUAUCCUGUUACAAAAAGAUUGUUCCAAACUUGAGACUGGCUGGACCAACUUCUUAUGGAGCGGUAAUUGAUGCUGCAAUUGACAUUGUGGAAAACAGUGGUGGCCAAUUCCAUGUGUUGGUUAUCGUUGCAGAUGGCCAGGUCACACGCAGUGUUAAUACAAGUGACAGAGAGCUGAGUCCACAAGAAGAGAGAACAAUCAAUUCAAUUGUCAAUGCAAGCUCAUACCCGCUGUCGAUUGUUCUGGUUGGUGUUGGUGAUGGACCCUGGGAUGAUAUGAAGAAAUUUGAUGAUAAGAUUCCCGCACGUGACUUUGACAACUUCCAGUUUGUUAACUUCACUGAGAUUAUGUUGAAAAAUACAACUCCAGAUGAGAAAGAAACUGCUUUUGCUCUUGCUGCCCUCAUGGAGAUCCCUUUCCAGUACAAAGCAGUCAUGGAACUUGGUAUUCUUGGGCAACGAACUGGGACAGCAAAGAAGGUAGUUCCACGUCCUCCUCCAGUUCCCUAUAGUCGACGUCCACAGCCAGAGCGUGUGCCAAGCAAUGUCUUCUCAUCAUCACCUUCAUUAGAUGAUCGCACCCAGGCAUGCCCAAUCUGCCUUACGAACUCAAAGGACUUGGCAUUUAACUGUGGGCAUAUGACUUGUAGGGAAUGUGGGUCAAAAGUGUCCAAUUGUCCAAUAUGCCGCCAAAGGAUCAUAACUCGUCUCAGGCUGUACACUUGAUUUCUAUCAUCAUGUAAUCUUAAUCUGUGUAAAGUGUAGGUUGAGUUUAGUUUUUAAAAUCAUGUAUACAGUUAAUGUGUACAAGUUCACAUGUUGAGUGAAAACUAGAAUUUCUGUGUGUUAAGCUUGUGCCUGCAUAAAAAGGAUAAUUGUACAAAAUGUUAAAAAGAAUAAUUUGUGCUUUGCAACGUUUAAGCAAUCCCUUUGUUUAUCA